AUCACAGAAGACCAGGAGCCAGCAUGUCUUUCAGAGGAGGAGGUGGACGAGGUGGUGGAGGAUACAGAGGAGGAGGUGGAGGAGGAUUUAACCGAGGUGGAGGAGGAAGGGGAGGUGGAGGAUACAGAGGAGGAGGUGGAGGAGGGUUUGGACGAGGUGGAGGCAGAGGGGGCUUCAACAGACAGCAAGACUACGGUCCUCCAGAAUAUGUUGUUGCACUGGGCGAGUUCGUGCAUCCAUGUGAAGACGACAUCGUGUGCAAGUGUACGACGGAGGAGAACAAAGUGCCCUACUUCAACGCCCCCGUUUACUUGGAAAACAAAGAGCAGAUCGGGAAGGUGGACGAGAUAUUCGGCCAGCUGCGAGACUUCUACUUUUCAGUCAAACUGUCUGACAACAUGAAGGCGUCCUCCUUUAAGAAGAUGCAGAAGUUCUAUAUCGAUCCAAUGAAGCUCCUCCCCCUGCAGAGGUUCCUCCCAAGGCCGCCAGGUGAGAAGGGUCCGCCCAGAGGAGGCCGAGGCGGAAGAGGUGGCGGUCGUGGAGGUGGGUUCCGGGGUGGCAGAGGUGGUGGCGGGCGUGGAGGAGGCUUCGGAGGUGGCGGUCGCGGUGGAUUUGGAGGCGGUCGAGGUGGAGGCGGGCGUGGCGGAGGAGGAGGAUUCCGAGCGAGAGGAGGAGGAGGACGUGGAUUCAGAGGCGGGUAUUGAACGCACAGCGGGCGUCUCACCGUGUGGUCGUCUCACUUCCUGCUCUACAAGGAAAAGGCCCAAACGGCGCCGCUGCUGAACUCAGAAUAUGGACGUCGCCUCUUCU